AUGAUCAUCCUUUCUGGACGAGAUCAAACCAAGUUGCUUCUAGUUAUCCAAAAGAUUCGCGGCCUAGACAGCAGCAUCGAGAUAAUGUUCAUCACUAUUGAUUUCACGAACCAGAUUUCCAUCGACAAGAUCAACACGGGCAACAUCCAUGAAUUUGUUGCAAAAUUGAGCAUUGCGGAUGGAGGCUUUGUUCAGGAUAGCGAGAAAAUUCAAAAUAACUAUGUCGAGAUUUGA